AUGGUCCACCGGGAUGGCGAUAUAGACGAAGAUCAGCGCCCCGGCGCUGUAGAGCCCGACCGAGGGGUUGAAGCCGAGCAUCGCGGCCACCGGCAGCGAACCGGCCGCGCCGAUCGCGGUGGCGAGCUUGGUCGAGAGCGCCCACAGGCCGAAAUAGGCGCCGGUAUCGCCCUUGGUGUCCUUGCCCUCGUCGGAGUUGAUGAUGUCGGCCAGCACCGACGGCGGCAGGCCGUAGUCGGCGCCGAUGCCCAGGCCGGUGAUGAUGGCGAUGGGCAUGAACCAGAUGAAGUCGCCGGCGCCGAGGAAGACCGCAAGCGACAUCGAGGCCGCGGUCAUGACCAUGGCCACGAACCACGCAGCGGUCUUGCUGAGGCGGCGCGACAGGAGCAGCCAGAGCGGUACGCUGGCGGCCGCGGCGCCGAAAUAGACCAGCAGGAUGAUGCCGGCCUGCAGCUUGUUACCCUUCAGCACGUGCUCGACGUAGAACAGCAUGACCGAAACGGCGACGCCCAGCGCCGCGCCAUUCACGAUGAACACCAGAAGCAGGCGGCGGAACAGCCGGUUCUUCAGCGGGGCGAAGAACGGGAUCAGGGUCUUGAUCGUGAAACUGCGCUCCAUGUUCCGGGUCGGCGUGGCGAGCCACGGCAUCAUGCCGAUCAGCCAGUCGCGGAAGUAACGGACGUGGAUUUCCGGAUUCUCCCGCACGACGGGCGGAUGCACCGAGGGCGGUGA